UGAUAUUCAUAGGACACUGUCCUUCGCCAUAUUGUUUAGAUACUAUUAAAUCACGGAAUGUUACUGAUCGUGCACAUGUUUGCACGUUUGUUUAUGUUUAUUAUUAUAUAUCUAGAUUGGGCGAUAUGAAAAAUGUGACUGUCUUGCAGACUGCGAUUGUACAGACUAACUUCACAAUGUUAUAAGAUUUAUUUCUGCAUGUAUAUUUCUGCAUGAAUUUUGUACAGAGACUCCUGCCCCUUAGGCAUGUAGUACAAACCAUAUCUUGUUUCUGGAGAGCAGCAAUUUAAUUGGGCAUGUUCACGGUUUCAGUUUCAUUUUUCUGUAAACUGCAGCAACAUUUUUCUAGAGCAAGGUCAUCGUUAAAGAUUACUAAGUAUGUGUUUGGUUCCCAUGAAGCUAGUACAAUGUAAUGUUGUAUUAUGAGAGUGUCGUUCUAUAUUUUAGUUUUCAAAAAAGUACUCUUUAUGAAUUUUUACUGAGGCGUACGGUAUAGGUAAGUUCGGCCUAAGUGUAGGCCUAUAUGUAUACCUGAUUUUAUGCGUUUAUUUGUCCGUUUGCUUGCUAAUUGUACAUAUGCAACAAAUGUAGAACAUUAGUCAGUUUAAUGUUCCGGUAAGAUCCAAUAACGAGCUUCUCAUUGUCGUCAUUGACAUAACGAAAAUGCAAUGAAUUUUCGCAUUGAGGAAGUGAAUCAUUCCAACAGUUAAUCUUUUUUUUUUUUUUUUUUAAACUUUCCUAUAUCGCAAUAACGUUUUGCUCAGAUACUACUUGUUAUCUAAUGCCUAUCUAGUGCCUUAAUAUGUCAUUUUAUCAGCGCCCACACAUCCCCUGGUGAAUAGAUGCCAUAUAAUACGAAGUAAUUCUUGUCUGUUGUUGUAGGGUGAGAUCUAGAAUGUAAUUCACUACACCAGGUGCUCUUUGCUGUGGCACAGGGUGUGAAAUUAGUUCAUCACUCUGUGGCUUCACCUUGCCUUUUGCAAGUUUUUUUUUCGGGUUUGUACUGAAGUACAUGGUCUUCAACCCAAACAAAAAUCAAUUCACUCAUGGAAUCCUGCAGUUUAUUUUAUUUUUGAGAUAUUAAAAUGAUCAAAUAUUUGCUAAAAUAAUUUAGCAACUUAGUUUUGCACAAAAAGUAGUAACAGGGAUUUCAUGACAUUAUAACAUUUACAGAACUUUGCAGUAAUUGCAUUGGUAGCUCUAUUAUUUAAAACUGGAAACAAGUAAAUAUGAACAUAUUUAAUUAUAACGUAUAAACCACACUAUAGAGUUCUUUCAUUUCUUCUGCUUAGUGAUAAAUACUGAGUGCAAUGCUGACUAUAAUUUGUGCAUUGUUGUGGUCUGUCUGUGCACAGAAGAUGCAUAGGUUUUCUUCCUCACCUGUUUAAGCUGAAACAUUUUAGUUUAAUAUGCUUUCUUGAACAUUAUUGUUAUUGAAAACGUUUAGAAAAUUGUUGGAAAACAACAGGGUCUGUUGACACUUAGGAUCCAGGACAAGAAUAAACAUUGAUUUGAGUGUGGGGACAACCGCAGUUUCACAUGCUUGAGCUGGAAGAGAGACCAGUGUCAGGAAGCUGAGUUCACUUUGAUGAUUUUACAACUCUGUCUGCAUCACUCGGUGACAGACACUAUGGAAAGUCACAAAGGCUGGUGUACGUUAUAGGAUGGUUGCACGCAAUAACCUAGAAGGCAACUCGGUGACAACAGAAAGCAGAGCAAGUACCGAACAUCCCCAUCAGAACAGACAGAACCAGCGUACACCCCCCAGCCAGGAGAACGGGACCUGGUUCCGAUGCUUCAGAAACGACGAAUACAAAAUCAUCACUAUGACAAUCACCAUGCUAGAGAGAAGUGGUUUCUACUGGGCUAAGAUGGAAAUGGAAGAGGCCCAUAGGAGACUGAAGCAGGAGCCGCUGGGAACAUUCCUGAUCCGGGACAGUAAGCAAAAGGAUACCUUGUUCACACUCAGCUAUCUGCAUCCGACGGGACCAACGAGUGUUCGGAUUAAAUUCCAUGAAUCGCGUUUCAGCCUGACUGGGAGUCACAAGUCCUUUGUUUCUCUAUUCAAACUGUUGGAACAUUACAUUGCAUCACCGAAGAAGUAUCUUAUCAGGCCGUAUCGGAAAACCAGAGUGCAACCACUCCAAGAACUUUGCCGGAAGAGGAUCAUCGAAACUUGUGGUGACGAGAAGAUAGAUCUCAUCCCUGUAAAUGCAGUCCUAAAGGAAUACUUGAACUCUUUUCCUUAUCGGAUUUAAAGACAUAUCUAAACGCAUUAAAGCUGUUGAUUUGAGAUAUGGAAAACACUGAAAAUUAAUUUGUUGUUGUAGUAUAAUAUUCUAACUAAUUAUUUUUGUAGCCAAGUAAAAUAAAACAUUAUUUGUAUACUUGAACACUGCCAAUAGCUUAGAAUGUUUACACUAUGUACUGUACGGGCAUGCGCUCUGGUUGAAAUUUAUCUGCUAUGCAGAGUCUGUGAAACAUUACACACAAUAAAUUGUGUUGAAGCAUCAAAA